AUACCAUUAGCGAGAGAGCGAGAAUCUGCUGACCAACAAACGCUGGCCACAUCCGUCUGCAUAAACAUCACAGUCGUACAUUGUGAAUAUCUCCCCCCGUUAACAGGAAUAAAUGGUAUAAGAAAGAGAUGUGCGGCACGGCAUGUAGAGGUGUGCACAGUAACACAACGUUAAGUGCUCAGCAAAUACGGCUCCCAAACAACCCGGUGAAGACGGUAGUCUGACCGACUUUGUUCUGACUUCAGAGUUGUGUAAGUUGUAACAACUGACAACAGAGAAGAGAAGAAAGCCAAUCAAAUCUCCAAUUUCCCCGCUUUAAUUAUCGUUACAACUUACAAUUCACCGAUUCUAGCCCUCUUGCUGGUUGUUUGUGAUGGGGAGUUUACAACGACUACAGAAAGAACAAAAAUCGUAAGCCAUCAUCAGUUGAGAGAGACAGAGAGAGAGAAUCCUCUGAUCUUAGCUCCGCUUAGUUAGUUCGAGAGAAAAGGGAAACCCCGAUGGACAGACUUGUGAAGGUAGACGUGAAGGAGCUGGAGCUAACCUUCAAUCCAGGACAACGAUGCAGCGCUACCUUCCGGUUAACCAACCUCAUGCACACCAUGUCCGUCGCCGUCUCCCUCACCGCCACCCCACAACCCUCCCUCUUCUCCUUCGCCCAGGCCCAGCAGCAACUGCACCAUCCCUUCUCCAUCCUCCCGCCCCUCUCCUCCUCCCCUUUCUCUCUCCUCCUCUCUCAACUCUCCGACAACCCUCCUCUCUCCUCCCCUUCCCACACCCUCCUCGUCCGCACCUCCAUGCUCCCCACCGGCAAAGCCAACCCCGACGAUUUCCUUCGUAUAUUCUCCAACCCGGGACCCCAAGUCUUUAAGGACGCCGCCGUCCCCAUCUUCUUCGUCGGAAGCCACGUCGCCCAGUUCUUGCUCUCCCCUUUUCGUCCGGUUAAAACCCUCGAAGUCGAUUUUCUCCUCUCCAAAGCGAUCUCCCGGUGCACCGUGUCCCAACUUACGACCCUACUCCGAUCUUCCGUGCGCUGCGGAAACCCUAGUCACGUUUCUACCCUCAUCGAUGCUGGUGGGGAUGUAAACAGUAGGGAUUCCGACGGACAGUCGCUCAUGUCGUUGGCUGUUUCUUCUGGCCACAUCGAUGUUGUUAGGGUUCUACUUGUAUCCGGUUAUCAAAUUGACCAUUCGGCUGAUCGGUUCUUGCACGAAGCGGCCGCCUUGAACCAGAUCGAUUUGAUGGACGCUUUGUACCGGGGCCUUGGCGGGAUUAAUGUGAAUUCCGUUAAUCCAGUUGGUCGGACUCCGGUCCACGUAUCAGCCUCUCAUGGCCACAUCGACUUGCUUGAGUUCUGCUUGUCGAAAGGCGGCAAUCCCGAGCUGGCUGACUCUAACGGGUGGACUCCGCUGCACUGUGCCGCCGCGGACGGACAUGUGAAGUGUGUGGAGUUGCUGUUGGAACAUUCUCGGUAUUCGAAAUACGCGAUGACUAAAGAUGGGAAGACCGCAUUCUCGCUUGCAAUCGAUAAUGGGCACUCGCAUUCAGACCUGCUCGACUUGCUACGUUUGGGUGAUGUGUUGCAGCGGGCGGCAAGGCUGGAUGAUGUACAUGGAAUGAAGAGCUGCCUGGCUCAGGGGGCGAAGGUGAACGGAAGGGAUCAGAACGGGUGGACGCCUCUGCACCGAGCUGCGUUCAAGGGUCGACUUGAGAGUGUGAAGCUGUUACUCAGCCAUGGAGCUGAAGUGGACCUUGUUGAUGAUGCUGGUUACACGCCACUGCAUUGUGCGGUGGAGGCAGGGCAUACAGAGGUGGCUCUGUAUCUGAUUUCGCAUGGAGCCUGUGCGAACCUGAAGAGCUUCAUGUGUCUGUGUUCUCCUAGCAUGGACAAUUUCAAGAAUCAUCCUGCAUCGAUUUCCCUUGGGUGUCGUGAAAAUGAACGACGACCUUGAAUCGACCACAGAUCACCUGCUUGUUAUAAUUCUUCUGUGCAUCAUUCUUUUUCAAUCAGACAAAGAUGCUGACUGCUGACUGCUGAGAGAAAUCUCUAGUGUCGAUCUUCACUCUUCACUCAAGUGAAUUGUAACUGGGACACUGGGUUAUGUCUUGACGCUUAAUUGAGGGCCUGCAGAAGUGUCCUUGUGUAAAAAACUGGGGAAAUGGGAAUCGGUCUCUCUCUCUCUCUCUCUCUUCAAUACAUACAAACACACAGAGGCACAAAAUGAAUUGAAGACACUGAACUUGCAUGUCAGGUUAUCCCCAAGAAACUCCCCGAAAGACCGCAAUACAAUUACUUAUCAGCCUCUGAUAUCACUCUUCACCGGCUAAAACCGUGAAUCACGGCCCUUGAUGUAUUGGUGUAGCCAAACUUUGAAUUGGAUAAAGUGGCGUAAAGUGAAUCACGGCACCAAAGGCCGUGGUUUCACUGUUUUAGCCCAACAAUAUUUCAUGUGAAGAAGCUUCUCUGUUACAGUUCAGUAAUGCCGGUGAAUAGAUAGAUGCUAGAGGAAAGUGCCAUUACCA